GUCUGGAAAGAGACUGCUGCUGUCUCCGUCACACCACGCAUGACCUCAACGCUUGCCUGCUGCUCUCUUCGGUAGCGCCUCCAUGACCCUCAUCAGAUCAUGCCUGACCAGGCGAAUCAGAUUCGCAAUGAACCAGGCGCUUCGACCAACCGUGACACCAUCAACGAAAAUAUCAGCAUUAACACCAACAGCAGCAGCUCGUCCGAUAGUUGGACCGGUCGGGAGCUUGGGCGGUCUCGUGAGCAGACGCCACCUCCGCGUGACGCACACGCCCCCCCAGACGCCUCCGAUGCCGCCGAUGGACCUCAGGUACAACUACGCUGCCGGCGUUUUCAUCGUGGUCCUCUUCACGUGGGCGGCGCUUAGCCCGGAAGACGACGGUUUCAACACCCUGCUAGGCGGGAGUGGCAUGAACAAGGACGAGGACGAGGACGAGGACGACGACGACGACGAGCGCUACGACGGGACCGGCUACGAAGGCAGAGACAAAGCCCUUUCCGGUGGCGGCGGUGGUGGAGAUGACGCGUCUAGGGCGUCUAGGGCGUCAAGUAGUAGCGGUGAUCGGCCUGUCGUGAGGGAUUGAUGUUUUGCCCUGUAAUAACACGUUUCGAGUGGGGAUUAUUCCUCCUGGACUUUCUGUAUUAGUACGCCAGAGCAUAGCCAGGCCUUGCUCUGCAGUGGUCAGUGCAUGGGUUGUUCCAUGUGGAAGGAAUUGUUAAAACUGGGUGGUGGCACUACAGCUGGUGUUCUGUAGUGUUUUAUUUUGCGGUUCAGAUCGAGCGACAGAGCCCGAUAGAACGCACUUACGUACCUCGGGGCGGGGGCGUGAAAGCUGCGGCUUACGAAAAGUAGUUCGGUACACGUUCGACCUUGGUGACGACGGAGGCCGAACGAAAAGUGCACAAGGUUUAGGAGAGCAAGUAGCCCAUACCGCGCCACAUGUGGCCAUGUCCUCCUCACCAGGAUGACGUGGCCAUGUCCUAACGGCCUGGUUGCGAUGAACCAGAGGUUGUAUGGAGUUAGCAAAUACACCAGAGAGACCCAAGCCCGUCCCGCACGAGAGAAAUGACCGCGGGAUUCUCACAGCGGCGUUCUAGUCAAUUUCGAGAGCUCUCGCUAAAGCUUUUGAAUGCUAAAUCCUAUGCACAUGUCCCAUGCAGAGUCCUCGAAUACUCUGUCCGUGUUUGCGAUGCGCUGUGCGCAUGUGAAACUGCAGUCCAAUGCAGCUUGAAUCAUGAGAUAAAAUAUGGCCCCGAUGUAAGCAAAACAUGUAAGCACACGUCCAACAGCU